GGUUGAAAAUGAAAGGGAAACUUUCCGCCUGUUUCCGAAGAAAAAGGAAAUGGAGGGCCGAAUACGGAAAAGGAAGCGGCAUUAGGAGGAAAAGAAACGGAAACGACAAAAGCUUAAAGGGAAACGGAAAAGAAAACGAGGGAGCCCUUUCCGGCGGAAACGGAAACGGCAGAGGAAAUUCCGGAAAAAUAAAUACGGAAAGUUUCCGGUAAUAUAACCCAGAGAGGCCCGUGCAUUUAGUAGGCCUAUAUUUACACGUAAAACCGGGCUUGACCACGUAUCAAAUCCACUAAUUACUCUAACCCUAAUCACUCUGUAUAAUUGCCUGUGCAUGAGACCGCCGUCGAAAGUCCUAUCCUAUUCCUGGACGACUCAUCUACCGUGCCGGGCGACGACUUCACGUGACCCAGCCGGCCAGCCGAUCGCAGCGUCGGCGGCGUCUUCCUCCCACACCAUCGGCCGGCCACGUGACUGAGCCGGCACCACCGUUGUUUCUCCGCACGUGAUCGGUUAUCAUGGACAAUUCUCCUCUGCCUAUGUCUGUGGCCACAUCAUCCCAACCUGCUGUUGCAUCUCCAAAUGGUAAUAAUGUAACGAAAAAUGGUGCCUUUGUGGAUCUGGUUACUGAACCUGCUGGGAAGCCUCCUCCUUGUAAGAGAUCUAAGAAAACUACCUCUGCUGGGAAGCCUCCUCCUUGUCUUAAGGAUUGGACCUUGGGAAAAGGUGCUAAGGAAGCUGAUUCUAUCAUGGACGAAAUGGACAUGGCAAGCUUUGAGCAACAUUUGGCAAAUUUGGUGCUGUUGGACGACCAAGAGACUGGUGGUGAUAGUACUGAUGGGGAGGACACUGCUGAAGAAAACAUGGAGGAGUGAGGAGUUGAUAAAGCCUACGCGGUGCUUUACUGUUGAAGCAUGCACGUUUUCUAUAUUUUUCAUGAGGAUUGUGAGUCUUAGUGUCUACUCAAAAAUAUUUUGUGAACUUCCUUGCUUCUCGGGGAAGUGUUAAACUACGUAUGUUACUUUAUGUUGAAUUGCCGCUUGUCGAAGUUAAGUGAUAUAUCUUGUCUUAUUGUUUA